AUGUCGUUCUUCCAGAAUCUUUGGGGUAGUAUCUUCGAACCCGGUACUAAUCCUCAGUUGCUCAUUGCUACUCAUCUUUCCUUUACCUCGUUAAUUCUAGUCUUAGUAUGGCUAUGUUACGAAACUCGUAAUGUCCAUUUCUUUGCUCUGUUGACAAUAGCAGCUAUUCUCUGGGCACUGGUAACCUGGUUCAUUAAUGAGCUGAAGCAUCAACCUCUAAGGGAUAACGACCAGUUGGCAAAAGAUAACGGUGCAAGAGCAGAAGAAGAGCAAGAAGACAAGAAGGAAAAGAACACGAACAAUAACAAGAAAGCUAAUCAGGAAUCUCGUACCACUGGAACCACCGCUGCAGCCAGUAGUGCGAACACACGUCGUACUAAAUCUCGUAAGACUUAG